UCGCUUUGCAAAAGGGUUCGACGGCGCGCACGGGAGCCGGAGAAAGACGCGGGUGUAGGGGAGGCGGGGGCGCUGCUGCAGCAGUCCGGAGCGAAGGGUUCCGCCGCCGCGGGGAGCGCCCCGUUCCCACGAGACGCCUGGCCACAAGACGCUUUGCCUGGCACGUGGGAAGGAGGGCGAGUGGCCAGGUGCCCGGCGCGGGGGCGGCCAUGGAGCUGGACCCUCCCCACCAGCCCUACUUCUUCGAGGCCGACUGGCAGGCCGAGGACUUCCACCGCUCCAGCGCGCCCAGCGAGGACAUCUGGAAAAAGUUCGAGCUGGUGCCCGCGCCGCCCCUGCUGCUUGCCGCCGGCUCGGCCCGCGAGGAGGCGGACCACCUGCUGGAGCCCGGCGGGCUGCUGGGCAACCUGAGCGCCUUCGUCCUGCGCGACUGCAUGUGGAGCGGCCUCUCGGCCCGGGAGCGCCUGGGCAAAGCGCUGGCGGAGAAGCGGGCCGGCCCUGCCGCCAAGCCCUCCUUCGGCCCGGACCUGGGGCUGGGCGGCGAGUGCGUGGACCCCGCCGCAGUCUUCCCCUGCCCCUUGGCCGACGGCAAGGGGCCGGCCUCGUCCUGCUCGGACAGCCCGAGCGAGUCGGAAGGGGAAGAAAUUGAUGUUGUGACUGUAGAAAAGAGGCAGUCGCUGGGAGUGAGGAAGCCGGUCACCAUCACAGUGCGAGCAGAUCCCUCGGACCCAUGCACGAAAUGUUUCCACAUCUCGAUCCACCAGCAGCAACACAACUACGCUGCCCGCUCCCCUCCAGAGGCCAACUCCCAAGGGGAGGCCUUGGCAAAGGACACCCUGGAGGAGGAAGAGGAUGGUGUUAGCCCAAGGUCCCCAGGGCAAGUGGUGGAGAGUUUCUCCCCCCACUCUUUCCUGAGCGCUCCCAGUUCAGACAGUGAGGAUAUAACAAAGCGGAAAAACCACAACUACUUGGAGCGCAAGCGACGCAAUGACCUGCGUUCGCGUUUUCUGGCACUGAAGGACCAGGUGCCUGACCUUGCCAACUGCUCCAAAACCCCCAAAGUGGUCAUCUUGAGCAAAGCGGCGGAGUAUCUGCAGUCCCUCAUCAGCACAGAGCAGCGAAUGGCAGCAGAGAAGAAGUGUCUGAAGCUGCGGCAGCAUCAGCUACUGAAACAGAUUUCGCACCUCAGGGGAGCGCAUUAGUUGCCAAGAACUCUGGUUGUGGGCCCUUUCUGCACUGCCGCUCCCAAAAUGCAUUGCAGCUGAUGCACCCAUGGGGCUUGCAUUCCAGAAAAUCUUAUUCUGUCUCCUUUUUCUGCCCCAUCCAUUCAUGUGUGGCGUCAUUCAUAUGGGGCUGCUGGCGUAUCUCUCCCAGCAAAUGGAGGAGGUAUGAUCCGUCUAGACUCUUGCAAGACCAAGGUGAGGGGUGGGAGUUUGUAAGUGGUUGCCCUUGUAGUUCCCAGGGUGAGAUGCUGGCUUCUGUACAGCCCAGAGCUCCCUGCUGUCUUGCUGAAAACUGACCAGGAGUGCCUCCUCUGCCAUGCUUUCAAACAAACCGUGUUGCAAUAGAACAAAAUGUGUUUAAUAUCUUUGUUUCGGACCAAACAGAUCGACAUUAAAACGUGCAAGCUUUGAAGCUCACCGGAGCUCUUCGUCGGGCUGGAUGUUACAAAAUUUUGAAAAGAUGGAGCGGUAGGAAGAAGAUGGAGAGUCUUGUGUCAACAUUUCUAAGCCUAGCUGUUAACAGAGGAAUGCAGGAUCCAGCCCCUCAGGGUCUUCUGUUUGCACAUUCCUUCUCCCCCCAGCCCAACUAUUUCCACGUGGCAUUCUUCCCUGCUAGUGCUCUCUCUUUGAUUUGGUUAGAGGUGACCUUCAAGGGAGAUCCUAUAUUGUAAGAGAGGAAUGUCAAAGCUGCAGUUUCCAGAGAAGGCUUGAAUUUCCUGGGUUUUGCCUGAGUUCCAGAUACCAGCUAGACAGAAGCUGUGACUGAUAUCCUCCCCAAGACUGGAAUUAGGACUCCUGCUGCCAGAGGAGAAACACAAAGUAGGGCAUGAUCCUUCAGGGACCAACUCUUGCACGGUUCUUAUUCAUUACGAAGGGGCGUGAGCAAGAGUUCUUCCUGUCAGACUGGGCCCUGUUUUCCAAGCUGUUUUGCAUUAGACUCUGCUACACCUUAAUGGUAGCCCAAAUCUGCAACCUUUAGGGGGUAGGUCAGUUUUCAAAGAUUGCUGAAAGCAUGACCUCUUUCUUCAUAGAACUGCGCUGUUUUCACUGGAAAUGCACUGAGAUCACCUUGGAAUCAAUUUACCUCAUACUUUCCCACUUCUUACUACACACAGUAGCUUGACCUAGAUUUUGUAUAUUGGAGAAUCCAUUGUUGUAACUGCCUAUUUCUUUAUACUGGGUGGCUUUUUUAAUAUACUGUAUUUUUGUACAACUUUUUUUUAGAAGUUAUUUUAUAAAAAUACUCCACACAUUUAAAAAAAAAAUGAAAUUCACUGGUUUCCUCUGAAAGCCAGGGGAGGAGAAUGCUGCCUGCCUGCUUAUCACCCCUCCAGAUAAUCCCAGGUAUUUCUGUUUAUGGCAUUUAACAUCAGCUUUCAGUGGGAAUUCUUCUCCUGGCUGAUCCCCGCUUCCAGACACCAAUAGUGAGAACAGCAGAGAGCUUGUAGGGUUCUUUUAUUGGAGGGGGGGGUGCUGUUUGAGAUUCUUUUCCAAAGGUGAUGGAGGAGGGCACUCUGUCACUUCAAGUGUUGCCUAAAGAAAAGUUUCUCCUACAGAAGGUGUGACUUUGAAUCUCUGGCUAAUGGGAUCCCCCUCCUACUCCCUACUUUCUUUCUAAACAAAAGGCUACAUGGAAAUUUUUUCAGGGUGUGUAUGUGAGGGGGUGGUUAGGCCCCUGGCAUGAAAGAAGGGACUGAUAAAAAGUGUUGCUCUGCCAGUCUUUGUUGCUGUGGCUGGGGUCAGACCUGCCAUUCACACACACCCCCUUUAUGCAAAUUCUCCCCACCCAUCCGCCUUUGUGUUCUGGGAGGAAAAGGCAGGGCUGAGGUGAUGGAUGGCCCUUUAUCUUUGCUGGGAAGACAUGCUCAGCCUCCACUGGUUUCCCAGAAAGGCAUUCUCAGGCAUCCCUUGACUGGCCUACUUUAAGUUGUAAGGCUCUGCAGUCAGAUUUAGCACUUUCUUCGUUACCUCAGGCUUCGUAAAUAAAGGAGUUG